AUGUCUGUUGAAGAAGGAAACAAAAAUAAAGAGAUAGGGCUUAAGAAGUUCCUUCUCGAUCCAAAAGCCGGCGUCAACUCAGUUCGAACUUAUCUUGCUGAAAACUCAAACAAUACGCACCAUUCAAACGGACCUGCUUCUGGCCAGAAUUUGAAUCAGUCCCAGUACUCCAACGACAGUGCUCACCUGGGUCCAAAUACCAAUUCAUCCUUUGUACCAGCCAAUCAACAGUUUCCUUCGAGACCGUCAUCAUCUGCUUCUUUUCACCCAGUUCUAAGCCAACAGCAACAACAACCAAACAGCUUGGGCCAACAACCCAUUCAGCAGCAAGCUCAACAGCAGAAUCAACACAUAAAUCAGCAGCAAAAUCAAAACCAGCAACAACACAACACUCCAUACUCACUCACUGCGAAUAUCUUAGAUUUUCUUGGACACCCUGAAACCAAUCAGUCCACGCCACCUUCAACCAACCAGAAUAUUUCAAACGUCCAACAAGAAGCACCUUACCUAGCGACCGUCAUGUAUCCUGCCGAGGCACAAGUAGCUCACCAUUUCGCCGGUGCAACUCUAGGCUCGCAGCUGGAAUUGAACCGAAACAUGUACAAUAGCAGCCCAGGGCUUGCCCCGCCACCAGCAGAUUCGACUAUCGGAGUAGCCAGUGCUCCAAGACUCUACCACCGUAUGAUUUUGGAAUUCGAAACCUUGAAGUCAAUCUUCUACGCUGCCCGUGUUCGUAAGUAAAACCCUUAUUCACAAAGUUUGGACGUAACUAACACGUCUAAAGAACCAUUCCACAAUAAUUUGAUCCCAGUGGUGACAAAGCUCAAGGCACUUGCCAGAGAAAUCUGGAACCUUAGAUAUACACGGGCCAAUGAGUUCGACUAUGCGGAAGCUGCUCACCAACCAAUAAUUAUUUUCUGGAAGGAGCAAUUUGAGCAAUGGUCUGAUACUUUGGAAGAUAUGCACAACCCCAUCUUGAUGCAAAGACUGGCAUUGGUUGACCAAGAGAACAAUUAUCCAGCAAUGGCUGGUCUUGCAAUUGCUGGGCUUCAAGCUCCUGGUUCGCUUCCGCCAGUGGCUCAGCAGGCCCCUCUCGCUCCUGGUUUAUCUGCUCAAGUCCCUGCAGCAAGUCCUGCUGCCCCAGCACCAUCACCGACCCCUGCUGCCACUCCCAUGAAAAAGACUGUGGCGAAAAAGGUCGCUACGGCAACACCUUCCGCUGAUGGAGAGGCGGCCCCGGUGGUGAAAAAGAAGGUAGUGAAGAAGGCUGCUGCCGUCGAUGGCGAAGAUCCCCCUGUAGUUAAGAAGAAGGUUGUGAAGAAGAAGGUGGCAGCUGAGUAA